AUGGCAAAUGGGCAAAGUACUGUUACUCUUGGGCCACAUGGUGGUAAAGGAGGAAAACAGUGGGAUGAUGGAACUUACAACACGGUAAAAGCAUUAACAAUACACUCUGAAGAGAAACUGUAUUCCAUCCAAGUUGUCUAUCAUGAUAAUGAAAGAAAGCAAGUAUCAGGAAACAGACAUGGUGCCGUUGCCGGAAAAUCAUCCGCGGUAAUAUUAGACUAUCCUACCGAGUACCUCGUUUCAAUAUCAGGGUACUGUGGAUCCUAUGGACCACAUCGUGUUGUGACGGCAGGUGAUCGUGUGGAUUCAAUUGGAUUAUACAUGAAGCCAAUCCUAACUAAAAUACCUAUUGGUCCAUUUGGAACUACUAGUGGACAGAAAUGGGAUGACGUAGUCUAUAGCAAGGUAAGUGAAUUGAUUGUACACUCUGGAGCAGUAAUUGAUUGCAUCCAAGUUGUCUAUGAUAAUGAAGGAAAGAGAGUAUUGAGAGAAAAGCAUCGUACUGUCGGCGGACAAGAAAACAAGGUCAAAUUAGAUCCGGAUGAAUUUUUGAUCUCAUUUUGGGGGUACUUCGAACAAGUAGGUAACAUGGUUGUUAUACGGUCACUUGGAUUUCAAAGCAACAAAAGAAUGAUUGGACCGUUUGGUGUGGAGGAUGGAGAGAAAUUUCAAUUCUCAUCUAGUACUUGUGCCAAGAUCAUCGGAUUCUAUGGAAGGUCCGACAAGUAUAUUAAUGCAAUUGGAGCAUAUCUCGACAACUGA